AUGCUAUACAGCGCAGCUGUCAACACAGUACGCUCAUCUUUUACUCGUCGACUACGACUUUCGGUCGUUGUCUUCUUGUUGAUAUGCACUUUCUACUGGGUUACUACAAGGUCUUCGCCAGCCAGACCAAACACACAGAAAGGAACUAUCAAAACAGGUGGUUCCUCGGGGACUAGGAAUUUUGCAAGCCCUAAUUGGAGAUUUGGUGUGAACAGUAAUGGACGGUCACCACAGAUGGAGGCUGUUCAAGCCGCGAUCCCUGCGCCAGGCCCUACGUCCACAGGAGGCGCCAUUAAAAAGGACCUGGUUGUGGCGAGUAUGGUUGGAGACAACACCACCUGGCUCUACGACUCGCUUCCCGACUGGCACAAGAGUAUCUACAUUGUAGACGACAAAUAUGCUGAUUUAACGGUGACAAUUAACAAAGGCCGGGAGUCCAUGGUUUAUCUUACAUACAUAAUUGAUAAUUACGACCAUCUGCCGGAUUACAUGCUCUUUAUACAUUCUCAUCGCUACCAGUGGCAUAACGACGACCCGUACUAUGACGGAGUGCCAAUGAUUAAACGAUUCCAGCUCCCAUAUCUCGAGCUGAUCGGAUAUGUGAACCUACGCUGCGCCUGGGUGCUGGGCUGUCCCGAUGAGAUCCACCCCAUGACGGACACCCUUAGUGAUGAUACUGUCCAUGCAGGUCCAUACUAUUUCAAUGGAUUUAAGGAAUUGUUUCCCGGCGCCAAGGUUCCAGAGACCGUUGCAGUGUCUUGCUGUGCCCAGUUUGGGGUUGCGCGGUGGAAGAUUCGCGAACGUCCAAAGAGCGAUUAUGAGCGAUACAAGCAGUGGCUUUUGAAGACCGAUUUGGAUGAUGCGACGAGUGGCCGGAUAAUGGAGUAUUCCUGGCAUAUGAUCUUUGGAAUGGAUCCUAUCCAUUGUCCUAAUGCAGCCGAGUGCUAUUGCAAUGUCUGGGGACUUUGUGAGUUGAAAUGCUCGCAGGAUGAAUGCGAAGGCCGGUAUGAACUGCCUCCUUACUCGACCCUGCCAGAGGGGUGGCCACAUAUAGGAUGGAAUGGGCAACCCCAGGAUCCAAGUGAAGGGGGGCUUCCCUUGGUUGACUGA